GAGGAGUUUGGACCUGAAAACACUUCCAGUCCCAUUUUCCAGCCUGCACUCCCACGUGCAGCAGCAUUAGUCACACCUCGUUAAUUUUCCCAGGCCUCGUGACGGAAUCAGGUCUCGUAUAAAGGCGGCACCUGGCCACCGGCAGAGAACCGGCGAGCGCGAGACACAGGAGCAGGGACGGACAGAGUCGCGCGCCAACGAGCCCUCACAGAGAAAGAUCGAACAACCCGAAGAGACAAUGAACCCAAACCUCUGGGUCUGCUGCGCAGCUCUGCUUCUACUGCUGAGCGUGGUGGGAGCCAAGCCGGUCUCUGAGCUACAGAGUCUGAAGCAGCUGUUAGAGGAGGAGGUCAACGCGCCGUACUUCUCCUCGGAGGAGGCGGAGGCGGAGGGGAAGGAUGGACUCUCAGACAAGUCUCUGUUCGGAGCUGCAGAGGAGCAGCCGUGGGACUCCUCCGACCGCAGCAACUCGGCUCUGGCGGCCAAAGAAAACGUCCUCGCGCGUCUCUUCAAAGACCUCACGAGGACCUCCAAGCGCUCGUGGAGCCGGUACAAGAAGGGCGGGCUGAGGAGCUGCUUCGGCGUCCGGUUAGAGAGGAUCGGCUCCUUCAGCGGGCUGGGCUGCUGAAGGCGGGACGGCUCCGGGUCUCUGCACGUCCCUGUUACCGGAACCGGCACCGAGCUCCUCAGUCACAAGCGCUAAGGCGGUCCCUCCUCUCUGCUGUUCUCAGAACUCUGGUUUCCUUUUUCACAUGUGAGCUGUUCAAUAAUAAACGAUUGUAAAUGUAUUUAUUAUUUAUUAUGUUCUUGUUGGAUGACGUAGAGCUGCCUUGUAAUUGUUUGUAUUGUAGUAAAAUAAUGAUUUUGCACAA